UUGUAACUCUUCGGAUGCCUCUCUCUCUCGGGGCUGUAGCCUACGCAGCUAAAACGAUUUAACAAGGUUUCUAGUGUAUGAUGGUCAUUCUUUGAUUUCGUUUAUAAUUAUCGUUUGAUCGCUGAGGCUUUAUUUAAUUUAUUUUUUAUUUCAACGGGAAAUAGUUGAAUGUUGAUGACGUUCCAUUUAUUUUCUCGGUUGAACCGGUGAGCGGGGCAGGAGCCUCCUCUUUUAAACUGUCAACCUGGCUUCCUGUUCUACAACAUUAUAAAACGAGGACAUUUAUUGUUUUUGACAAAGUAGUUGUUGUUCGUCAUAUUGAUUUCUGCGUAAACUGAAACGUUUUUUGGAUCGAAUUCUGAGGAUAUUGGCCUUUUUUCCCACCAAGGACCGACAUGGAUUUCCAUCGCUCGGUUCCAGGCUAACACGGGAUAUCAGUUGUCUUUCUCCUAAAAGAUAAAGCUAUUCUUUGAUGUAUUUAUUGUGUGGAGCCCCUCCUACCUGAGUCGGGGAUAGAGGUGGACAUCGAGGUCAAGAGCAUCCUCUCUUCAGACUCUGAUACCUUCUACCAGCUGUAAAACCAGCCCAUCACUCUGAGCCUGUCUUCACCCCCCUCUGAUUCGGCGUGUCCUUCCACCAGCUCAGUGAUGACGUCUCGGGUGUUGAUGAGGCAGGAGCUGAUGCGGCAGCAGGCCAGGGACCAGGAGAGGAGAGAGGCCCAGCAGCAGGUCUCCUCGGCUCAGUUACACACCACCGACUCCUCCCCAGCCAUCUCCGUGGCCCCGGGGCAUACCGAAGCCCGACCACCCCCUGCCCAGGUUCCUGUGGAGGUCCUCAAGGUUCAGACCUACCUGGAGAACCCCACUAAGUACCAUCUCCAGGCCUCACAGAGACAGCAGGUUAAACACUACCUCUCCUCCACCGUGGGGAACAAACUGACCAAUCAGACGCUGGGCGCCUCCCCCUCACCUCACUCCGGAUCUGCCCCCGAGCUCCAGCCUGCAGCCAGCAGCUCUCCUAGCAGCCCAUUGGCUGUGCUCAGCCUGAGCUCCAACAAAGAGGAGAUGGAAGAUGUGAUCGAUGGCAUCAUCAGUUUUGAAUCCGGUCUCAACGAUGAGUUCUUUCAGUUGAUCGACCCUGGACUACAGCUAGCCAACACGCUGCCGGUGUCAGUGAACAUGCUGGAUGUGUUCAGCAGUGGAGGGAUGGCUGCUCCGAACAUCACCGUGUCCAACUCCUGUCCUGCUGACCUGCACACCGUCAAGACUGAGUUAACCGGUACAGUGGUGGAGGCUAAAGCUAUGAUGAAGGAGCGACAGAAGAAGGACAAUCAUAACCAGAUUGAGAGGCGGAGGAGGUUCAACAUCAACGAUCGCAUCAAGGAACUGGGAGCUCUCAUCCCCAAAUCUAGUGACCCACCCCCCUGCUACGGGGACAGGGAGACGCGUUGGAACAAGGGCACCAUCCUGAAGGCGUCUGUGGACUACAUUAGGAGGCUGCAGAAGGAGCAGCAGAGAGCCAAGGAGGUGGAGACCAGACAGAGGAAACUGGAGCACAGCAACCGCAGCCUACUGCUACGUAUACAGGAGCUAGAGAUGCAGGCCUGCCUCCACGGCCUCUCCACCCCCGCCUCCUCCUCCCAGGGCUCCUCCUCCUCACAAUCCCUGGACCCCAGCACAGGCGACGCCCUCUCCAAGACCCUCCUCUCCCUGAGUGGUGGCCCAGGCCUUCAGGCCACCUCCCCCUCCUUUCUGUCUCCACCCCCCUCGGCCUCACCGGUUGGCCUGAUGAACAUGGCUUCUCCUCUGGGCUUCUCUGAGCUGGACGACCCGUCUGCCGCAGCCUUCCACUCCUCCCUGCUACCGGACAUGGGUCUUGGGGACAUCUUGAUGGACCAUGGGGGGAUAGGGAUGUCCCCGGUGUGGGCCCGAGAGCCCUUGCUCUCCUCCAUCUCCCCAGGAGUCUCCAAGACCUCCAGCCGCAGGAGCAGCUUCAGCAUGGAGGAGGACUUGUGACUUGAGUUAAAGGACCCUACCCCUUACACUGCUAGGCAAGAGCAGCUUCAUGCAUGGAGGAAAGCCUGUGACUAGGCUGAGUCCAAAACCAACCCCUAGACCAGCAUUUCCCACACUCGGUCCUCGGGAUCCCAAUAGGGUGCACGUUUUGGUUUGUGCCCUAACACUACACUGAUUCAAAUGAUCAAAGCGUUAUGGUUAAUUGAGUAUUUCAUUCCACUGUGUAGUGCCAGGGCAAAAAACAAAAUGUGCUUCCUUUAGGAUCCUGAGGACCGAGUUUGGGAGACCCUUCCCUAGACCAUGGCUCCUAAACCCUAGCUCCUAGACCCUAGCUCCUAGACACUGGCUCCUAGACCCUGGCUCCUAGACCCUAGCUCCUAGACCCUGGCUCCUAGACCCUGGCUCCUAGACCCUGGCUCCUAGACCCUAGCUUCUAGACCCUAGCUUCUAGAACCUGGCUCCUAGACCCUAGCUCCUAGACCCUAGCUCCUAGACCCUAGCUCCUAGACCCUGGCUCCUAGACCCUGGCUCCUAGACCCUAGCUCCUGACCCUGGCUCCUAGACCCUAGCUCCUAGACCCUAGCUCCUAGACCCUUGCUCCUAGACCCUUGCUCCUAGACCCUGGCUCCUAGACCCUAGCUCCUAGACCCUAGCUCCUAGUAAUUGUUUAAGACACAAGGUUAUUUGUAGAUCAGUCAGUCUGCAAUGUAGUUCAUCUGGAACACGACUUAAGGCCUAUCAGAGGACUGGGGUGGAGCCUCCACAUACUAUGCAUGGCCACGUCCAUCAAUCACAGAGUCGUGGUCAAAGGUCUUAGUUUAGUCGAGGAUUUUCAAAAUUCCAGUCCCCAGGUUUUCUAGAUAUCCUGGCAGUAAGGUUCCAGAAAUCCUGUCAGGAAGGUUCCAGAAAUCCUGGCAGUAAGGUUCCAGAAAUCCUGGCAGUAAGGUUCCAGAAAUCCUGGCAGGAAGGUUCCAGAAAUCCUGGCAGGAAGGUUCCAGAAAUCCUGGCAGGAAGGUUCCAGAAAUCCUGGCAGGAAGGUUCCAGAAAUCCUGGCAGUAAGAUACCAAAAAUCCUUAAAAAAAGGGGUCAAAAUGAAUCGCAGAUGAAACACGUUAAAAUAAACAUUAUCCUAUUUUUAUGUCUGUUAUAUUUUUAGGAGUUGUCCAUCCCUGGAUCUUUAUCAUAGAAAAGGAAACAGGAGUUGGGGAAUAUUGUUUCAAUGAAACAACAGAUGGUGUGUUCAGAAAGCCACAAAUAUUCAAUUAAAAACCAUCAUUUGUAUGUA